CUGGAUCCCUGCGCGAAAGAUCCGGCAGCCAAAAAAUUGCCGCUUCGAGGCGAACUUCGAUGUUGCCCUGAGUCGGGAUCUUCUCGGCUGUCCGCUCCUUCAUUGUCUGUAUCUUCGAAUGUUUCACAAUAUAAUUGAGUUUUUCAGUAUAGAUACGAUCGAUUUAGUUGCCUCGACUACCUGCUAGAAUUGUCUGGAUUGAAGAGAAGACGACCCUUCCCGACUUAUACGGCUCUGCCGAGCCAUCCGAGCAAGAUGGUCACCUCCCAGUUCUCCUUAUCCGCAUGGCUACUGCUGCUAGGAACUGCGGCAGCAGUCCCGAAGCCUACGGGACUCGUUGCUAGGCAGGCUGCCGACCUGGACAACCUCUGGGUCACGGUUGACGAGUCUGGCGUCCCAAGAACCGUCACGCCCGUCCUGACAACCAUCAGCGGCACUCCGACGCUGCUCAACGCCCCGCCGCACGAUGUGACGGCCACCGUAUGGACCAAGCAUCCGUAUGGCGAAGUGACGACCAUCACAGGCCCGGCCCGGCCGAAAGCCACCAACGACAAGGGCGCCGGCGCCUUCGCGGCCUGCCGCAACAUUGAUGGCGAGUUCAAGCCAUUCUGCAUGCCCAAGAACAACGACGUGUACUACCCGGGCUCAACACACUACAUAACAUGGGACCCGGCCUUCUUCAGCUCCUCCAAUACAACGAUCAAAGUCCUAGGCUACUACGUCAGCAACGACACCGACAUCCCCACAUCGGGCCCGCCGUCGGGCGAGGAAGAGGCCUUCAGCUCCGACUACAUGGCCGCGUCGUGGGCCUUCUACCAAUGGCGCCUGGACAAGUCCCUGCUGACCUCCCAGUCGGCGCAGGCGGUCAACAUCACGCUGCGCAUCGUCGCGCUGCCGCGCGGCGGCCAGGCCGCGCAGUGGCUCGCUGGCCCCACCAUCACGCUGCGGUACAAGCAGGCGCCGCCGCCCAAGAAGUCCAAGGCGCCCGACACGCAGGCGCUGUACGUGGCGCUGCCCAUCGUGUUUGGCUUCGCGACGCUCAUGAUCGGCGGCACCUUCUUCUACACGCGGCAGCUGAGGAAGAUUGAUGUGGGCGCCAUCGUGCGGGCGGCGAAGAAUGCGAAUGCGAGGAGGAGGAACAAGAGGAGGGCUGCGGCGGCGGGUAGGCAAGUCGGGGCGAGCAGGAAGGAUAGGGCCAGGAAUAAGGAUAAGGAGCAGUCAAUUCGGCUGAUGGAUCGCCAGGGUGGGGGGAGCACGGAUACGGAGGAGGAGGAGGACUGGGAGCAGGGGUGGAGGCAUGAAGUCCCUGGCAGGAGAGAUAGUGAAGCCGGGGUGGGGGCAGGGACGGAAGAGCCUUCCUGGAGGGGGCAAAGAUUGGAUAGAAAGCGGGCGUAGGAGUGUCUAUUUUGGGUCAAGGUUCCAAAACAUAGAUUGAUGGCUCUUAAAUUCGGGAAGUCCAUUGGACGUCAAUAACAGGUAAUACCACCAGGGGUAAGUAUAACUCUAGUAGAUUUCUCGAGUAAUCCCCAUUGGGUUGUUUACUCGCUUCCUGCUCCGCAAUGGUUUUCAUAGAAACAGCUAUCCAACUCGCCAUAUCCAGAAUCGUCACAUACCGGUAAAAAUCUACUACUGUCCCCAGCUAAUCUCCCACUCGGUCGCCCAUGCCCCGUGCGGGAAUAGCUGGUUUAGACCACGCAAAGACAGCAGUGCCUUGUCCUCUGAAUAGUUCCAGCACGAAGGGUCAAGGUCGUCCCCGUUGAACCACACUUUCGAU